AUGCUCCACAACCUACUGAGGCCAAAUCAGAGGCAUGCAGGUCUGACAAGCAAGAAAGUUGCAAAAGAUCCAGCACCGGAUCAGCUUGCAGCUGGGUCUCGGCCGGGCCGGGGGGCUGAAGGAGUAAGCAGCCCUGGACCACCACGUCCCCUUCUGCAGAGGGACAGGGCUCAGUCACGUCCUCGGGCGCAGUGGGAGUGCAGUCAGCUGCAGGAGCUGGAGUCCCUGAAGUCCGCGGAGAAACUGUGCCGACAGCUCAUCUACCACCUGACCCCCCACGCCAAGUGGCAGCGACAGGCGGUGACCCAGCACGCACAACCCUGUUUGAAAACAGCUUUGCAGAGGAGAAUAGCGACUGACUCGUUGGAUCUUUCGGGAAUGCCGCUGCCUCCCAGGGACAUUCAGCGUGUGGCCUAUCACUUACAGCUGAACCGCGACCACCUCGUCUCCAUCGACCUGAGCUUCACAGAGCUGACAGACAAUAGCCUGCAGUUCCUGCUGCCAUUCCUGGCGGCCCUUCCAAAACUCACCAACCUGGCACUGAAUGGAAACCGCCUGACCAAGUUGGUACUGAAGGAUAUGAUGGAGAUGAUGAAGGAGCCCAAUGUAUUCCCAGCACUGUCCUGGAUUGACCUGGGAAACAACACAGAUAUCUGCUCCAUGCCCCAGCCUCUGCUGGUGGGCCUGCGACGGCGCUGUAGUCUGCAGGGAGCGCUGCCCACUAUCCAGGAACAUUCCGAGGGCCAGACCAGCGACCAGGAGACAGAGCAGGGUGAGGUCAGCCAGUCACGAGAGCAGGAGCAGGGUGAGGUCAGCCAAUCCUGGGAGGAGAAGCAGGGUGAGGUCAGCCAAUCACGAGAGCAGGAGCAGGGUGAGGUCAGCCAAUCCUGGGAGGACCAGGGUGAGGUCAGCCAAACCCAAGAGGAGGAGCAAAGUGAAGUCAACCAAUCCCAAGAGGAGGACCAAGGUGAUGUCAGCCAAUCCCAAGAGGAGGACCAGGGUGAUGUCAGCCAAUACCGAGAGGAGGACCAGGGUGAUGUCAGCCAAUCCCAAGAGGAGGACCAGGGUGAGGUCAGCCAACUUCAAGAGGAGCAGCAAAGUGAAGUCAGCCAAUCCCGAGAGGAGGAGCAAAGUGAUGUCAGCCAAUCCCGAGAGGAGGAGCAAAGUGAAGUCAGCCAAUCCCAAGAGGAGGAGCAGGGUGAGGUCAGCCAGUUUCAAGAGGAGGAGCAAAGUGAAGUCAGCCAAUCCCGAGAGGAGGAGCAGGGUAAGGUCAGCCAAUCCCAAGAGGAGCAGGGUAAGGUCAGCCAAUCCCAAGAGGAGCAGGGUGAGGUCAGCCAAUCCCAAGAGGAGGAGGGGAAGAUCAGCCAAUCUGAAGAGGAGGAGUUGGCAGAGGUCAGCCAGUCUCAGGAGGAGGGACAAAUAAUGACCCAAUCCCACGAGGCGAAUCAGGGGCUUAUCUCCCAGGCAGAGCAGAGCAAUGUUACCCGAUCUCAGGGGGAGGAGGACAGCCCCUGGCAAGUGGUGCAGAGAGAAGCCGAUGAGCAGCAAUACUGCCAGAGGUGACUGAGUGUGGUUGUGCCAGGGAAAGGCCUGAGCUGAGAAGUUCCUUCAGCAAGAGGGAGACUGAAGCCCAGCGUCACCAGUGUACCAAGCUGCCAUUGCCUGAAGCCCGUCAACUUCCCUGUUAGCCAGCACGCUGUCGGAGUGACAGUCCACACCAGGAUCGCUGGUUCCCACAGCAGGCCCGUUCAUUAAUACACUGCACCCUCCCCUACUGGCUGAUCCUAUCAGAUCCUUUAAGGACAGGAAUGUGGACUUUUGCCAAGAUCAAAGAUCAGCAAGGCCACGAGCUGGUUACAAUCACGGAAUACGAGGAGGGGAAGAGGGGCUUUGGCAACUCCCAACCCAAGGAGGUGAAGCCACAACCCAGUGGGAUGUGUUGUAGGCCUGCCACCCGGCUGCAAGGUCUCCCUGCACCACAGCUGCCAGUUCGACAAUCACUGGAUGGGUGUCAAGGCCAGCCACCUGCCAUCGUCUCCAACUGCGCGUGUAUGUGUGUGUGUGCUUCGAUCAACAGCUAGACUUGCUCAGAGGUGUUCGCUGUGCCUGUCUGAAUUUCAGGAUUGUGUAGCCAUAGUCUGUGUCAGCUGAGGCAGGCGAAGGUCUGAUGCCUUCCUCAUUGACACCUGCCUCUUUCCCACUGAGAGUUCCGGCAGGGGUUGGCUCCAUCACUCACAUCUGCGGUUCCAGCAGCCGAGUCUAGUCCCCAGCGGUGCUCUCCAUGUGAAAUUGCUGAUGUUUAUUUAUUUUCGUGUUUAUCUGGAAUGUUUGUGUGCAGCUCUCCUCAUUAAAGUUUAGGUUUCAGUGUUCACAGGCUUCCUUUCUGCUCUGAGCUCCCUGGUGCCGCAGCCAGGGGUUUGACCCCUGCAGGCUGAGGAGAUAAUUCGUAUCACUUUCUUGUACCAAGAUAGAGGGAAGAGCUGGGUCUGCCUGCCCUGUGUCCCGAACCCUGCGCUGUGUCCUGAACUCUGCCCUGCGUCCUGAACCCUGCCCUGCGUCGUGAACCCUGAACCCUGCCCUGCGUCAUGAACCCCGCCCCCGUCCUGAACCCUGCCCCCAUCCUGAACCCUGCCCCCGUCUUGAACCCUGACCUGUGUCCU